CUCUCUCUCUGCUCUGACAUCGGGGUUUUCUCUCAUACAGUAAGCGCCUGGCACUGACAAUGUGGACAUCAGCGGGGAAUAUAUAGUGUUAUCAUCCGAAUUCGCGUCGUGUUCACAGCGCAUUCAACUUCAUUAUUACCAGAGCGGUGAGUGGAAAGUAAGAGUCCUGCUUCCCCCCUCCCUGCCCAUUCCAUCAUCCGUAGAGCAUCUUUCAUGCGUCUCCCUGGGUCCGAAUCCCACGUCAGGAUGAACUGUGAGCAGGAUUUUGGAGAUGGGGGCAUGAACGUCACUCUAACUCUCCGGCUGCUCAUGCACGGAAAGGAGGUCGGCAGCAUCAUAGGCAAGAAAGGAGAGACGGUGAAAAGGAUACGAGAGGAGAGCAGUGCACGUAUCAACAUCUCCGAAGGCUCGUGCCCAGAGAGAAUCAUCACCAUCACGGGCGCCACAGAAUGUGUGUUCAGAGCCUUCACUAUGAUCACAAUCAAACUGGAAGAGGACUUGGCUGCUCUUGUGGCGAAUGGCACAGUGACUAGUAAGCCUCCAGUUACGCUGCGGCUGGUCAUCCCGGCCAGUCAGUGCGGUUCCCUCAUCGGCAAGGGCGGCUCCAAAAUUAAAGAGAUCCGAGAGAAAACAGGGGCUCAGGUACAGGUGGCAGGAGAUCUGCUCCCUAACUCCACAGAGAGAGGCGUGACGAUAUCUGGCAGUCAGGACGCCAUCAUCCAGUGUGUCAAGCUCAUCUGCACUGUAAUACUGGAGUCUCCUCCAAAGGGUGCUACAAUUCCGUACCGCCCAAGUCCUGCUCCAGGUGCAGUUCUUCUAGCUGGAAAUCAGGUUUUCGAAACGUCAGAGUUUGCGUCUCACCCGCUUUUCUCAGUGGCUCAGGGAGGGCUGGAUCUGCAACAAGCUUAUACUGUACAAAACCAAUAUGGCAUUCCACACUCAGAGUUGGCCAAGUUGCACCAGUUGUCCAUGCAGCAGGGUCUUGCUCCCAUGGCUCAGCCCACGGCCACCCAAGUUCUGUCCGGCAUUGACUCCAGUUCCCAGACAGCAUCACAAGAACUUCUCAUUCCAAAUGACCUGAUUGGUUCAAUAAUCGGCAGGCAGGGUACCAAAAUCAACGAGAUCCGCCAGGUGUCGGGGGCUCAGAUCAAGAUUGGCAGUCAACUGGACAGCACUAGUGACCGACACGUCACCAUCACAGGCUCCCCAAUCAGCAUCAACUUGGCCCAGUAUCUAAUCACAUCUUGCCCCUACCCAAGCCAUCACCCUGAAUUAAACAGCUCCUUUCCCAUGAGUGCCAAGGUCCCCCCUCAAAUAAUCUGUUGCAACCACCAGCAAAACACACCUCUCUUAUGAUUUUUUUGUUUCUGUUUUUUGAUUCUUUUUUUUUAUCUCUCUCAAUUUUUGUUUAACAUGUCUUUUAUUUAACCUUCUAACCCUUCUCCAUCCGGCUCCCCUCCCUUGUCCCUCCACCCUCCUCUCCUCCACCUCCUUCCUUCCCUCCCUCAUACAGUUUAGAGACCGCCAAAUCCACUGCCCAGUCCUCCUCCAUGUCGACCCCUGUAGACCUCAACAUGAGCUUCACCCAGACUGCUCCCCCUGCAUCGUCCUCUGCCGCAGCCCUGGCAGCGAUGGGCGGCCUGCCCCACGCUCCAAUCUUGGGCGCCCCCUAUACCCUCCCCCUCUCCAGCCUCCUGGGAAUCAAAUCCGUCCCCUUCCUGGCACUCUCGGCCCCUGCUGCCCAAGCUGCCGCCGCCGCCGCCGCCGCUGCCCCUGCCCACGGCACCUUGGCUUCCUACACCGCCAAGAUCUCCUCCGCCAACGGCAUCAAGAAACCAGAGCGACAGAAGUUUGCGCCCUACUGAAGUUCGCCGAGAGGAACUAGCCAGUACCUCCUUUGUUUCCGAGACAACAAACAGGAGAGGAAUACUUUGAGGGUUAUUCUCUUCUAGCCUGAUGUAGCUGUGUAGAAACAGACGGUACCAAUUUGUUUUCUUUUUGGUUUUCAGUAACUUGUCCUGAAAAACGGUAUGAAAAUAAUGGCAUAAAUUAACGUUUUUUUUUUUGUUUGUUUUUUUUUGUUUGUUGAUGUUUUUGGCUGAGGUAGCCGCUAAAGCCAUAGACUAUUCCUAAUCUCCUAUUUUCCCGAAAUCUUUACACGCGUUUAUUGUCUACUCAUAUUUAUUGAUAACAAUGAAAUAUUCCCGCAAAGAGUUUAUAACGUAGAACACUGUUGACUGAUGCUAAUCUCUUAUGUAUCAGCUUUUAUACAAUGAUGUCUGUGAAUGCUUCUGUAUACAACUUCCUGAUUUUUUUAGAAAUCUUUAAAUGAUGUAUUAAAACGAAAAUAUGAAAAAAGAAAUGUUUUUAAAAUGACAUAAGAUCUAAACCUUGCUUUUGUGUUACAUUUUUACGUUUUGUUCACAUUCGUUUUGAAAUGUUAUUUAUUUUAUUUAUUGUGCGGAGUGUUUCUUUUACAGUCAAUGUUUGUUUUUUUCUGUAACGGCUGCAGAAAUUUCUUCCACUCGAUCAUGGUUACAUACGUCCUGAAAAAGACACGUGUUUGAGGAACCUCGAACAAGACAUUAGUUUAGGUUGUUGGUUACUUUACUUUAAAUGGGAAGUGAAUGGUGCCCCGGUGAAUUCUGGAACAAAUAUCCAAAUACUAAACGGCUAACAAAUUCAGCCAUGGCUGAGUAUGAACAUUAUUGUUUCAGGGGGGUUCUUUCACCAUUUCUAAUGGCAUACAAUGACUACUAUGCAUGGUGACUGCCCUUGUCGGAACCUAAUGCUGCAUGUUGACUUGGCCCCUCACACAUACACAGUAGCAAAGAUAGCUAACGCGUAGGUCUCUUUGUUGAUGGCGUUAAAAAUAGGCAGUGCUGCAGAAGAGCAAUAUUCAUCUGAAAGUACUAAAAUAUAGCAGAUCUACACAUAAACAUGCUUCAAGUGUAGCUACAGUAAUCAUUAUGCUCAAUCACAGAGUAUAUUACGUGGACUGACUUUUUUUCGUUUUUUAAUAUAGAAAUAAUCACACUUAUUUUUCUAAAACUAGAGUCCUAAAAUAUUGAAUGUGACCACUCACACAAUUCAUUCACGUGGUAGACAUUGACUCGUGUUUGUCAUUUUUUCUUUACCGUAACGUUUUUUUUUGUUUUCUUUUUAGAUCUUUUCAAACGUCUGUCCCAUACUCAUUUGCAUGAAUUUAACUUGGCGUCUAUGCAAAACAUCUCGGGGGCGGUUCAGUGAGGUAUCCUGUGUCAUGCUUCAUAGAUGGCCCUAAAUAAACCACCAGUGGGAAAGGGCUAUUGGCAAAGAUGGAAUUCAAGGACAAUGAUGCUCUCAAAUUUAUGAACCAUGCUAUGUAUAAUAUACAUGAAUAUAUAAAUAUAUGUUAUAUUAUAUUCAUAUUUCCCAUUCCAAAGCCUAACACAUAACCACCCUCUCUUAUACACUCUAUGAAAUGACACCGUGUGGCUUUGAAACGCACUGUCACUCUUCACCGUGAUAAUUCCACGAUAGCCGGACAAGGUUUGAAAACUGUGCAGAUGCUUGAAUUAUCCAAAGUCUGGUUUUUGGAUUCACACGAGGUUUCGUUUGUCAGCCAUGGCAUAAAUGCAACUCUUGUUUUAGUUUUAUUCAUCAAUGCCAUAAAAAUGAAUAAAAACAAUACUGUAUUAACGUAA